GUGUGUGUUUAUUGCGACAGCGUGCAUGAAUGCCGGGGUUGUUUCCUUGCAAACAGGAGGUCCGAGAUGCGUCUGCAUGCAGCCUCUCUCUGCGGGUCCCAUCUGACAGCGGAAGCCCUCUGAGACCAGGACUGGGCUGCUGUAGUCUUCCCAGCAUUCUCUUGGAUCAGAGAAUGACCAUUUCAUCCUGGCUUGGGAUUUCAUUGGUUUUGCUUGGUUCAGAUUGCCCUGGUGCGGUCAGGACUGUUUUAGCAUCGGUCUGGACCGAAUGUGGAUAAAUCCGGAUCGGUUUUGGGCUGGUUCCGAGACAUCAGGUCGAGCCGAGGCCAGUCAAGACUGGUUUAGGUACAUGUGGGAACCAGUUUAAAUGUCUCUGCAUGAGUUUCUUCGGGAGGGCCAGGACGCCCCACAGCGGAUCCUGUCCCGACUGACCCAGCUCCUCUACAACCUAUCGGCUACGGUCUUACAGGGGGCCCCCUUCUCUCCUUUCACAACCUUCAGCCGCAAGAGCUCCUGGAGGGACUGGAACGAUGAGAUUAUGCAGCAGGAGAGCAGUCCUCUGUAUGCUGCAGACAUCAGCCCAGACCUCAGGAAACAAUUCGCCUUCCUGUCAGGUGGCCGAGGACCGAAUGGCAGCCCCAUCAUUAUAUUCCCAGAGUACCCGGCGUUUGGUGAGCUGGAGGAACAGGAGUUUCUCAACGUCCUGACGUACCUGACUAGCAUUCCCAGUCUCCGCUCAACGGGGGUCGGCUUCAUCCUGGUCAUUGACCGGCGGCAAGACAGAUGGGCAUCAGUGAAGGGGACGCUGCUGCGGAUCGCGGGCUCUUUCCCAGGCAACCUGCAGCUGGUGCUGGUACUGAGACCCACAGCACUCUUCCAGCGGACAAUCUCAGACAUCUUUUUUAAGUUAAACAAGGAUGAGUUUAAAAUGAAGGUGCCGGUGAUCAUGCUCAGCUCUGUGACUGAGCUCCACAGUUACAUCGACCGCACACAGCUCACUCAGGAACUGGGCGGCACACAGGAGUACUGCCACGAGAAAUGGAUUUCACACCGCACCGCCAUUGAAGGUUUUGCUCUGAUGGUGAAGAAAACAGCACAGACUCUCCAGUUUUUUGGGACUGAGCUGGCAGAGACAGAGCUGCCCAAUGACGUUGAGGCCACGUCCAACCUUCUAACCGUCCACACGGAUAAGAAGGACAAAAUGAAGGAGGACUUGAGGAUCGCUCUCUGUCAGGGAUCACGUUUGCUGGAUAGCAUCAAUGAGCCGCUGGUGAAAGAUCCAGAUUACACCAUGAACCAGGAUGAACUGGAGAACCUGGCUACUGUUCAGAGGUUGCUUGGUCAGUUAGAUGAGACUGAAACGGCAUUUGAUGAUUUUUGGGAUAAACAUCAAACCAAGCUUGAGCAAUGUCUACAACUGCGGCAUUUUGAGCAGAACUUCAGGGAGGUCAGAGCUCAUUUAGACAUGGUGUAUGACAGACUAUCAGGCUUCUCAGAGGUCGGAAUUAGCCCUGCCCAUGUUGAACAUAUCUUGAAAGAGCUGACCAAUCAUGAAGAGAGAGCAUGUGAGGUGUUGGACCGAGCGCUGACUCUAGCAUGUGAUGCUGACCAGCUGAUUGAAGCGUCUCAUUACGCUGUGGACUCCAUCCUCCCCAAAUGCUCUGACCUGCGGGCUGUGUGCGAGGAGAUCAGCAGCAUCCUCAAGGCCAAGAAAGCCUAUCUGCUCAAAGCCUUGGAGCUACACCAGUGUCUAGAGAAGGCCACUAAGUGGUGUGAUGAUGGGAUCUACCUGCUGGCAUCUCAGCCUGUGGAUAAGUGUCAAUCACAGGAUGGGGCGGAGUCAGCGCUGCAGGAGAUUGAGCGUUUCCUGGAAACAGCCAAUCAGCACAAGCUGACAGAUUUGAGUGGAAUUUGGAGGGACUAUGAGUCGGUGCUCACACAAGACUUCAGGGAUCAGGUGGACAAAGUGUUUCAGAAGCAGCUGUCCAUGCAGGAAAUGUUUGAGAAGAGGAGGGUCAGUCUGAAGAAGUUAGCAGCCAAACAGACACGACCCGUGCAACCCGUCGCCCCACGUCCUGAGGCCAUCAUCAAAUCACCCAUUUCUUCUCCAGCUCAUAGGGAGAAGACGAUAGAGGGUGAUAUCAUCAAUGGAAACUGCAGAAAAGGAGAGAUACACUUACAGAAUGAUGGCAGCAGACACACCUCUGUCUCUGAUGAAGAGGAGAACUUUGCUGUGCUUAGACGGCAUGUGAUGAAUGAGCUGUUGGAGACGGAGCGAGCAUAUGUGGAGGAGCUGCUGUGUGUGCUGGAGGGUUAUGGAGCAGAAAUGGACAAUCCUGCCAUGGCUCACCUCAUCCCCAAUACACUGCUUCACAAGAAGGACAUCCUCUUUGGGAAUAUGCCUGAGAUAUACCAGUUCCACAAGAAGACUUUUCUUCGUGAACUGGAAGCGUACACAGACUAUCCUGAGCUUGUGGGCCGGUGUUUCUUGGAGAGAAUGACGGAUCUGCAGAUCUAUGAGAAGUACUGUCAGAACAAGCCUCGCUCCGAGUCUCUAUGGAGACAGUGCUCUGACUGCGCAUUCUUCCAGGAGUGUCAAAAGAAACUGGAACAUAAGCUUGGUUUGGACUCGUACCUGCUCAAACCAGUGCAGAGAAUAACCAAAUACCAGCUCUUACUGAAGGAACUGCUGAAGUACAGUAAAGGCUGCGAGGGUGAGGAUGACCUGCAGGAGGCGCUCUCAUCUAUUCUGGGCAUCCUGAAAGCUGUGAAUGACUCCAUGCACCUUAUCGCCAUCACUGGAUAUGAAGGCAACCUCAGUGAUCUGGGACGUCUGAUGAUGCAGGGGUCGUUCAGCGUGUGGACGGAGCAUAAGAAGGGUCACGCGAAGGUGAAAGACCUGGCUCGCUUCAAGCCCAUGCAGAGACACCUGUUCCUGCAUGAGAAAGCUCUACUCUUCUGUAAGAAACGAGAGGAGAACGGAGAGGGUUAUGAGAAAGCGCCUUCAUACAGCUUCAAACACUCACUCAGUAUGAGUGCUGUAGGUAUUACUGAAAAUGCAAAAGGAGACAACAAAAAGUUUGAGAUCUGGUGUAAUUCUCGAGAGGAGGUGUACAUUGUACAGGCGCCGACACCAGAGAUCAAAACGGCAUGGGUGAACGAGAUCCGGAAGGUUCUAACGGGGCAACUAAAGGCCUACAGAGAAGCACGGCAGCAGAAGAGCUCGGAUCAGAUCUCACAGUUAACUCCCACCAGCACCAGCCUAACCCUGAGCCCCUUCAAGACCAACCCAAAGACCCUCAAGAAAGGAGAAGAGAAGAAAACUGAACCCACAGCAGCAGAUCCCAGCACAGCCGUCUUACUUAAAAAUAACGACAAGGUCAAAGACGAGAAUGUCACCAGUCCCAACACUGAGAGAGCUGCAGUGGCUAAAAAGCGUUUUACACUGCAGGGCUUCAGUAACCUCAAGAGUCAAAAAGAACCGAUAGCGCCCUCUGGUGGCAAAAGCCUAACACUACCCAUGGUCGCUCUCUGCCCUCCAGGAUCAUCCCCCCCUAGUCCUGACCACAAAACUAAAAGACAUGAGAUUAAGAGUGAUCCUACACCGUUUGGCUUCAGAGGCUUCUCCAAGGCAUCGCUGUCUGUGGACGCGUCUGAGGAGAACGACGGUUACUCGAGUGCCGAGGAUCCCAUGAACUCUGAUCCUGAGGAUGAGGGAGGGAAAAAGCUGUCUCCAGGCAGGUACGUGGUAGUUGCUGACCAUGACAAAAACGGACCACAGGAGCUGACGGUUAAGAGUGGAGACUCCGUGCAGCUGGUGAGAGAGGGAGACGAUGGACGCUGGUUUGUACGUAAUCUGCGGACCAAUAAGGAGGGCUGGGUCCCUGCUGCAAACCUGCUCACUCUCAUCGGAGAAUCCAAAUCUUCUCAAUCCCUCUCCAGCUCAGAAGGCAGUGGGUCUGGAAACCUCAGCACAUCCUCCAGCUGCAGUGAAACCUACACAAGCUUCUCAGACAUCAAAGCCUGAAGCCGCUGCUCCACUGCCUUGUGGCAGCUCCUACACAGUGCACUUUCUACUGAAGCUCCUCGAGUCUUUGUACUGUAUUUAACCUCGUCACCCGAGAAAGGAAUUGACCUCUGCGGUCAAUAUGCGCUAUUCAGGAUAUUUUAUAUAGAGCGUCACACUUUCUCAACCUUCUCUCCUUCAUAAGAGAGAGAAAAAAGGUCAUUCAGUGUCUGCUGUUCCCCGUGGAAAUUCUCCUUUACUUUGAAAGUAUCAGUGUGAUGCUGUUUGUUUCACGUCUGCAUGCAUUUCCUCAAAGAUUAAAAGAGAAAAGGGCUCUUGGUAGAGUCGGCAUUAACAUCAGAGCAGCCUGCGGUUUUAAAAGUCUUUCAAUAUACAUAACAAGGACUCUCAUUGGAUUUUAAUGUAUAACCACAUGAGCUUCCACUGGUUUUAUUGAUCUUGCGUUGAGAAUAUCAGUGUCUUUUUGGAAUGUCUGACUUUGUUGGCGUCUAAAGCUUCUGUCUGAUUUGCUGUAGCAGCAAGACAAUGAAAUGAUGUUUUAUACAAUAAAGAUUCUUGAGGUUAUGCCUGCUGAAAAGUCCUGUUAUUCACUGUAUGUAUUAAUCUAAAACAGCUGUAUAGUUUAAAUUAUUUCCUGUAAAAGAAGAUUUGUACAGAUAACUUUUAUCUCAUGUUUUUCAUUAAAACAGUAUAUAUGUAUAUAUACAUAUUGUAUAUUAUGACCACUAUUGUUGUGUGUCAAUGAAAUGUAUUUCAUUGUAUUUGUCACUUUACUGUUCUGCACCAUUCAUGUACAAUUAUUGCAACUGAAAAAAAAAACGUACCAAUUGUGUUCACAUUUUAUGUAAUUAAUUUUGUCACCACAGAUUGUUUGAUUUGGUUCGUUCAAAAUGUCAUGUCUGGAAAGUGAUAAUUGGCAUGUAACUAUCAUUCAGCUUUUGUAAGACGCAUUUUAAUGUCGAAUAAGUAUUUCUCACAGCUUGACAAUGUUCAUCUAUAUCAACAUUCUUCAAAUCAGCGGAUUCAAUCAAGCCAUCAUUUCUGACAAGUUAGAUGACCACAGCCUUACUGUGCUUAAAUGUUCAUGUCCCCAUAACUAUAUGUUGUCUUUUUAACAUGUUCAGUAAUACAAAAAUCAUUGUUCAUUUCUAUUUAAAUUUUAUGUGGCACAUUGCUGCAUGUUAGUUUUGCCUCUCAAUCUUUUCCUGUAUUAGACGUGUAUCUGUGUACAUGUGUAAAUAUGUAUCUAAGAGGAUGUAUGAGAUGAAUGAAUUUAAAGUGCUUGGGCUUAAAUAAACUUCACUGAAACAUUCUAUCCUCUUUUGUCUGCUCGGGUUUGUCAAGGAAAUGUCUACAGUUUAAAACGUCGUGAUUCAAAAUCAUGAGUCAUGCACUUAUUUUAGCCUGUAUCUCUUCAUAAUACAGUCUGAACACAUCCACAUCCGGGUAACACGACGCCUCGCCUCGCCUCAGUGAGGGAGGAAGCGCCAGUCUGCAUCUGACCUGAGAUCAGCUCGCGCAGCACACACCAACCCGCCACCGACGGACACGGGACCGAUCCCAGAUCAUCCUUCAACCGCGGAAAGACACCCGACAGCGAGUUUGUGCUACAAACCCAUCAUGUCUUUUUCAGAUAUACGCGUUUGAGUCAGUCAGUGUUUAAUUCGCUUAUGCACACAUUCCGCUGACGUUUAGCCCAGCGCGCGCGCGCACACACACACACACACACACACAGAGUCUGCUGCUCGCUGACACACACAGAGUCACAGCAGCCGCGGAAGACACAAUUACAUCGCAGCACUACGCAGCACCAGUAUGAAGGGAAUAUGAUCAAAGAGCAGCUGCUGACUGGUGGAGGAACAGGACAUUUCCAACAGGAACA